UUUAGAUCGUCGACUAAGCUCCUAGUGCUUCCAAUUGACGUAACCGGGGAGAUAAUUGUAUACAUCGUCUGCGGUUGCGCCUUAUAGUUUGUCUAUAUAGGUCACAGUUGCAAUUAUAUUGUCAGUUUUCAGUGUGUGUUUCGAAGCAACAUGGAUUUCGGCUCGUCUCUCAGCUUUAACACUGUGACAGUGGCUAUCGUUGUUGUAUUGUUGAUCCUGCUAGUCAGUCGGACACUACAAUGGUCUGCCAAUGUCCCGCCCGGCCCAUCUGGCUAUCCUAUCAUAGGAAGCAUGCCUCUACUGCGAAAAGGAAACAUCCUGGAGAUAUUUCGAAAACUUCGAGCACAAUAUGGCGACGUUUUUAGUAUAAAGAUUGGACCCAAUCUUGCCGUAGUCAUCAAUGGAGCCGAUGCGUUGAAGGAAGCGUUCGUCAAGCGUGCGGAUGAAUUCUCUGACAGGCCAAGCAACUAUUUCAUUGUUCAAUAUAUGAUCAAUGUAAAGAAGUUGAUUCAAAAUUUCACUGAUAUCAAAUGUUUCGCUCUUGAACAAAUAGCCGAGCAUCGAAAAACGUUUGCAGAAGAGAAUCAGCGAGAUUUCAUUGAUGCGUUUCUGAGACAACAAAUCAAACAUGACGAAGAUGAUCCGAUAUUUGAUGAUAUGAACUUAGCAACAGUCGUCAUCAAUCUGUUCCUUGCCGGGACUGAAACAACAGCUACCAUGAUCCGCUGGGCGAUACUUUACCUCAUUCACAACAAACCUAUCCAAGAUAAGCUCCGACAGGAGAUUGAGACUGUGAUCGGAACGUCAAGGCUUCCGUCACUUUGCGACAAACCCUCCAUGCCUUACUACGAAGCUUUUAUAACAGAGGUUUUCCGGAUGGGCAACAUCGCUCCACUGUCUGUGCCUCACGGUGCCAAGAAGGAUAUCCAGUUCCGAGGCAGGCUAAUCCCAAAAGGGUCGGUCAUUAUGGCAAAUCUUGACUCGGUUAUGACUGAUCCAGACCUGUUUGAGAAUCCGGAUAAGUUUCAACCAGAGAGAUUUCUAGGAAAGGACGGACAAAUGAACGGCAAAGAAAGGACUGUAAUGGCUUUCUCUCUAGGACGACGAAUCUGUCUUGGGGAAUCCCUGGCGAGGUUAGAGCUAUUUUUGUUCCUAACCUCAUUGCUGCAGAGGUUCGAGUUUCUCCCAGAAAGCCCCGACAAACUUCCAUCGUUCGACUCCACCUUGGGAGUGGCGCGGGCGUCCACGGACUACAAGUGCUGCGCUGUAAAGCUGAAAUGAAACAUUAAAACAAAACAUAUGUGAGAACUUUGACCAAUAUGUAUAUACAAAUAUGUUUUAAUUAUUUAAUCAUUAUACAAUAUGAAUCGUAUAUAAUCUCACUUUAAGUAUGUAACAUUGCUAUUGUAUUCAUUUGCUUCAAUGAACUCAUUAUUACACCUAAAUAUCGUUGGAUUAUAGAUAUAAACAUAUUUUUAUUAUCAGCAUAAUAACUGUAUUUUAUACUCAAGUGUCUUACUGAUUGUUCCGAAAAAAUAGUUUUGAUGAAUCUCUUUUUAAGCGCGAACAUUUGCUAGGUGUUUUUAUGUGAAUUUCUUAUUUAUGAAUAAGUUUUUUUUAUUCAACAAUGAAACACACAUACAAUUUCUGAAGGAUGAAACAAACCCAAGCUAAUGGCUUUAAAUUUUUCUUGAUAUUUCAAUAGAACUUUAUCACGGUGUAUUACUUUACACAUGUUUUGUUCACUUUUAUUUUUAACAAUACAAAGCGUUUGGGAAGAUUUUUUUAAAAUACAGGAUGCUUUAUUUACUUUGCAUAUAACAAUUUCCCAACACAUUGUUGCUAUAAAGUGUCCCUGUGUGUGUCCUUCUUAACAGACAAAUCAUGUUUGUGUCAAGUAGCUGUCAAAUAUAUCCGGUUCAUCACUGACAUCAGUAGAAAGCACGGACUAUACCUAUAUCACACCAUACAGAAGAAAAAAUAACUAACUUCGAGGUUUUCCACAGGUGGUCUGUUACGUUAUGCAAACGAAUACUGACGUUGAGGCAAUUUAGAUAAAGAAUCCAUCCCGAGGGCCAAUAUACAGUUUGUCAUUGUUAAUCUUAUACUUUUUGACUGAUGUUGUAUGUAUUAUUUUGUGUAUGUAAAGUUUAUUAUCCAUUGUUUGCAAGUUAAUAAAAUGCAUAGAAACUCUGUA